GUUACACAGUGCUCACUCGGGCGGGGUUAUCCAGCAUUGUUUAGGAGCUGUAAAAGUACGACACGGCCAGAAGGAUCAGACAUUUUCCCAUGAGUUUUGUUUAGCAAGUUAAGUGCUUGCGUGUUCAAGAUGUUUCGGUGUGGAAUUGCCUACCCAAGGUGCAGAUGGAUCCUGCCUCUUCUUUUGCUUUUUGCCGUGAUUUUUGACAUUAUUGCCAUUGCUGCCACAUCUGGCUGGGUCGAUGACUCCAAGGAGCAUUAUGCUAAUAUGUGGAAACAGUGCCGAGGACCAAAAGAUAACUCGGUUUGCCGGCCUCUGGACUUUGCAUGGGCCAAAGCCGUCGCUGCCCUGAUGAUCAUAGGCCUCAUACUGCUUAUCAUCGCAUUCAUUGUGUCCCUUAUGUCCCUCUGCACUCUGAGGCUUAGUCUGCUGCGUGUCGUAGGACUCCUCCUCCUUAUUGCAGUUGUUCUACAGAUCAUCGCUCUGAUUGUUUACCCAGUGCACUUCAACAAGUUAAUCUAUGAGGGACAGUACGACUACAGCUGGGCAUACGGCUUCGGUUUGGGCGCAACUAUUCUCAUGCUUGGCUGCGGCAUCCUCUUCUGCUGCCUUCCCAACUAUGAAGACGAGCUGACCGGCAUGGCCAAGACCAAGUACAUCUACACCACAGAUUAGAAACCCUGGGAAGAGGAAGAGGCACACAGACACAAGCUACCACUCUGGACCAUGCAGGAGAUGUUUUAAUUCCUGGUAAUGCCAGGGUAUGCCCCUUCAUUUGAUGCAUUGCGGGCACACACCA